CAGGAUUGGUUGCCAUGGUCCCUGCUGCUCUCUCUCAUGUGGGAAACAAGUGCCUUCUAUGUCCCUGGGGUUGCGCCCAUCAACUUCCACCAGAACGACCCUGUAGAAAUCAAGGCUGUGAAACUCACCAGCUCUCGAACCCAGCUACCUUAUGAAUACUACUCACUGCCCUUCUGUGCUCCAAAAAAAAUCACCUACAAGGCAGAGAAUCUGGGAGAGGUGCUGAGAGGGGACCGGAUUGUCAACACCCCUUUCCAGGUUCUCAUGAACAGCGAGAAGAAGUGUGAGGUGCUGUGCGGCGAGUCCAAGCCAGUGACCCUGAGCGUGGAGCAGAGCCGGCUGGUGGCCGAGCGGAUCACAGAGGACUAUUAUGUGCACCUCAUCGCCGAUAAUCUCCCCGUGGCCACCCGGCUGGAGCUCUACUCCAACCGCGAGGGAGAUGACCGGAAGAAGGAGAAGGACGUGCAGUUUGAACACGGCUACCGGCUGGGCUUCAUGGAUGUCAACAAGAUCUACCUGCACAAUCACCUCUCGUUCAUUCUCUACUACCACCGAGAGGACCUGGAAGAGGACCAGGAGCACACGUACCGCGUCGUCCGCUUCGAGGUGAUUCCCCAGAGCAUCAGGCUGGAGGACCUCAAAACAGGCGAGAAGAAGUCAUGUACCCUGCCCGAGGGCACCAACUCCUCACCCCAAGAAAUUGACCCAAACAAGGAGAACCAGCUGUACUUCACCUACUCCGUACACUGGGAGGAAAGCGACAUCAAGUGGGCCUCUCGCUGGGACACCUACCUGACCAUGAGCGACGUGCAGAUCCACUGGUUCUCUAUCAUUAACUCUGUCGUGGUGGUCUUCUUCCUGUCAGGCAUCCUCAGCAUGAUCAUCAUUCGUACCCUGAGGAAGGACAUCGCCAACUACAACAAGGAGGAUGACAUUGAAGACACCAUGGAGGAGUCUGGGUGGAAGCUGGUGCAUGGCGACGUCUUCCGGCCCCCCCAGUACCCCAUGAUCCUCAGCUCCCUGUUGGGCUCAGGCAUUCAGCUCUUCUGUAUGAUCCUCAUCGUCAUCUUUGUGGCCAUGCUUGGGAUGCUGUCGCCUUCCAGCCGGGGCGCUCUCAUGACCACCGCCUGCUUCCUCUUCAUGUUCAUGGGGGUGUUCGGCGGAUUCUCUGCCGGUCGGCUCUACCGCACUCUCAAAGGCCACCGGUGGAAGAAAGGCGCCUUCUGUACAGCAACUCUGUACCCUGGUGUGGUGUUUGGCAUCUGCUUCGUGCUGAAUUGCUUCAUCUGGGGCAAACACUCGUCGGGAGCGGUGCCCUUCCCCACCAUGGUGGCCCUGCUGUGCAUGUGGUUCGGCAUCUCCCUGCCCCUCGUCUACUUGGGCUACUACUUCGGCUUCCGCAAGCAGCCGUAUGACAACCCUGUGCGCACCAACCAGAUCCCCCGGCAGAUCCCCGAGCAGCGGUGGUACAUGAACCGGUUUGUGGGCAUCCUCAUGGCCGGGAUCCUGCCCUUCGGUGCCAUGUUUAUCGAGCUGUUCUUCAUCUUCAGUGCAAUAUGGGAGAAUCAGUUUUAUUAUCUCUUUGGCUUCCUGUUCCUCGUCUUCAUCAUCCUGGUGGUCUCCUGCUCCCAGAUCAGCAUUGUCAUGGUGUACUUCCAGCUCUGUGCAGAGGAUUACCGCUGGUGGUGGCGAAACUUCCUGGUCUCCGGGGGCUCAGCCUUCUACGUCCUGGUCUAUGCCAUCUUCUAUUUUGUUAACAAGCUGGACAUUGUCGAGUUCAUCCCCUCGCUGCUCUACUUUGGCUACACGGCCCUCAUGGUCCUGUCCUUCUGGCUCCUCACGGGCACCAUCGGCUUCUAUGCAGCCUACAUGUUUGUCCGCAAGAUCUACGCUGCUGUGAAGAUAGACUGAUGAGGUGGACCGGACCAGGGCCAGGCCCACCUCGUCGUCGGACUGGAAGCCACCUGCGCAGGGGACUGCAGGCGCCCAAAAUAAAAUCGCUCCUGCCCUUUGGGCUGUGACUCCUGGCACAGUGUUCCUGGACCCGGGGCUGCGAGGGUGCGGGAGGGCCUGUAGAUAAAUCUUGCAUUUUCCUUCAUCGUCUUAUUCCGGUUCUGUGGGGGAUGAGUUUUUUUGUGGGUUGUUUUUCUUCAGUGCUGAGAAAGUUCCCUCGGCAGGAACUCUUCGACCUGUUUCUUCAGGUUUGGUUUUUGGUUUGGG